AUUGGUGGACCGGUGAUGCAGACCGGUGUUCCUGGAUCAUCAACUGACAACGUGUGUGUUUGCUCGUCUGCUCUGUAGCACCGCUCCUCAACCUCGCCCAAGCAAUUAGUCAGUCUUUUGACAGCGAGUGGAAGAGUCGUUGGCCGGGAAGAUGGGUCUAGGAUUGCCAUCGCUGUUUUUGCUGCCUCUUCUUCUUGGCGUCUUGUUUUGGAUAGCAGAGGCUGCUCACCCAUGUGACGUGAUCACGGGAGGCUACAGUAACUGGAUUGGCAGCGCCAUCAACAAGGAUGUGGUUAUCGUAGGAGGUGGCAUCUCUGGACUGAGUGCCAUGAAGAAGUUGCUUGAGGAACAGGUGACAAAUGCAGUGAUCCUCGAGGCACAGGACUACCUCGGAGGACGAGUGAAGACAUACAGGCAAGGCUCCAUUCUGGUAGAGGACGGAGCGGAGUGGAUCCACGGAGGCAGCCGCAAUCCUCUGUACCAAUUGGCCAACAGCCUCGGAAUGCUCACUCAGCCACUGGCGGAUUCGGCAUAUGACUGGCGUGUGAAAACCUCGACAGGGACCCAAGCUAGCGAAGCUGGCUACAACGUCGCAGAGCAAGUUUUCUUCGAAUGCGAGAAGGGCUCGGUGAUCCAAAAUUACUAUAACACUGCGAUUGGCCAGUGCUAUAAGGACAAGUUCGGGAGUUUCUACAAUAAUGGCAAAACCUUGGCAGGGGAAAAGAGCGCUUGGCUACAUUACCUUAACAUGUUUGUGCUGAGAGACGUGGGUCUCAACGACUGGAUGAAGGAGUCGGGAAGAGAUUUUGACCAGUUCACGAGCUUCGGAGGCGAAGACAAGCUGAACCAGUGGAGCCAAGGAUACGAUGCCCUCACCAACAAUCUCAAGAGUUCGAUUCCGCAAGACAAGAUCAAGUUGUCGACCCCAGUGUGUAAAAUCUUCUGGGAGUCAGACCCCAACGGGAAGGCUCUGGUCGUCACGUCGACGAAGGAAGCCUACCUGACCGACUACGUCCUCGUCACAGCUUCCAUCGGUCACCUGCAGGAGAGGCACCUACAGCUCUUCGAUCCCCCUCUCCCGGCCAGUUAUCAAAAUAACCUGAACAGACUCGAGCUCGGCUUAGCAGACAAGAUUCACCUCGGCUGGAGUUCUCCUUGGUGGAAGGCGCUUAACCCAAAGCCCCUGGACAUGCAGGUCAUAUUUAAGGUUUUCGAUCUUCCUACUGAGGAGUCAUGGUUGUACGGCGUCAUGGAGGUUAUGGGGGUCCACCAGCAGCUGAAUCUGCUGCAGGCCUUUGUCAACGGAGACUACGCCCAGAAAAUGGAGAACUUGUCAGACGACGACGUCAAGCGACACAUUCUUAAAUUCCUUCGUAGAGUCACUGGGCAGACGGUUCCGGAACCUACCUUCUUCAGGAGGAGCCAGUGGGGGAAGAAUGUCUGGGUGAGAGGUUCCUACAGCUCUUACAUCACAGUCAGCGGUGACCAAGCAGGCUUGAAGUCGAGAAACCCCUUGUCUGUACCCAUCACCAAUUCAUACGGCAACAAAGUCAUACAUUGGGCAGGAGAACAUACCAACGGUACCCGGUAUGGCACCGUGGACGGGGCAUUGGGCAGUGGUACAAGGGCAGCUGUCCGGAUUAUCAAUGACAUGUAGAACGACUUUUAGAACUGGAUACUUUUUGAAGAUGAGGUCAUAAGUGCCCUUGUCAUUUCUGGGCACGAGGGACGAAGUUAACAUCAGAGGAAAAAUGAGCACUGAGGGUGAAAUUUAACAGAAAGAUUGAUUGAUUCAACAUCUUAUGAAACCUUUAUAUCUGGGUAAAGGGAAAAUGUCGUUUUUAACUUUGAAUACAUUCGUGACACACGAAGAUAUCAAUUUAGAAUCAUUUGCUCGGAUUUAAAUUGACUAAAUAAAUUUGGCAAUUUAUGAAAUAUACCUCCAUUUGUGCAGCAAUUCUGAGUGAGCACAGUCUAUCAGUAUUAUGUUUUUUCCAUACUAUUCAUAACCUUACAGGUACCUUAUAUGUUAAUUAUUGCUAUAGUAAUUACUUCAAAGUGCACUCUCCACAAUUAGUGUUUUUGGAAGGUUCUCACGUACUUCACAAAAUAUUUUAAAGAUCCAAAAGUUUCUUUGAAACCAGUUUUAUUCAUAAAAUGAAAUUCAGCCACAUUUCAAAAUGAUUGGUUUACCACUGGCACAAUAUAACUCUGAAUUAG